GGUUCUUAUUGAUUCAAUCCCAUAAAACGAAUCUAUACGGAGUAGUUGUGAAUUUUAGUAAGAUAUUGUGUACGGGUAACGUUUGACGGUGUAUUAUACGUCAUUUAAUAAUCUGCAUUUGGAAGAAUAUACAGGGCAGCUGCAAUGUGGAUUCAAGUGCGCACCAUGGAUGGCAAGGAGACCCAUCGGAUUGACUCCCUGUCUAAACUCACCAAGGUGGAUGAGCUGCGCCUCAAGAUCUCUGAGCUUUUCAAGGUUGACCCAGAGAGGCAGAGGCUCUUCUACAGGGGCAAGCAGAUGGAGGAUGGCCACACCAUCUUUGACUACAAUGUGGGUCUGAACGACAUAGUGCAGCUGCUGGUUAGACAGGCCCCGCCCCCUGCCGCUGGCCUCAAAUGCAAGGACAAGGAGGCGGAGCUGUCGGACUCUGACUCCGGCUGUGGCUCGGCGCAGAGUGAGUCGGACAAGAGCUCAACCCACGGGGAGGCCGAGGCACAAGCAGCCGGCUCCUCGGCACAAACCGACACGCCGGACCUGGUGGACCCGGGCUUUGGCUUCUACAAGAUCAACGAGUUUGUUGAUGCCCGAGACUUGAACAUGGGUGCCUGGUUCGAGGCCCAGGUCGUGAACGUUACGAAGACCCCCAAGAUGCCUGUGGAGGAGGGCUCUGAUGGUAAACAGGGCGAAGAGGAAAUCAUCCACUACCACGUCAAAUAUGAAGACUACCCAGAAAAUGGCGUGGUGCAGCUGCAGUCCAAGGAUGUGCGUCCCCGGGCUCGGACCGUUUACCAGUGGCACCAGCUGGAGGCUGGCAUGGUGGUCAUGGUCAACUUCAACCCGGAUGAUCCCAAGGAGCGUGGCUACUGGUACGACGCCGAGAUCCAGAGGAAGAGGGAGACGCGCACCGCCCACGAGAUCCACGCCAAAAUACUCCUCGGGGAGGCUGGUGACUCCCUGAACGACUGUCGUAUUAUGUUCCUGACUGAGAUCUACAAAAUCGAGGAGCCUGGGGUAUUGGACGGAUCUGCAGCGGGGUCUGAUAGUCCACUGAAAAGGUCGAACGGACCGGAGUGCAAACACUGCAAAGACAACCCCAACAAGAACUGCCGCUGGUGCAACUGUCACGUGUGUGGCGUGAAGCAGGACCCGGACAAACAGCUGCUGUGUGACGAGUGUGACAUGGCGUUUCACAUCUACUGCCUUAACCCCCCACUGACCAGCCUCCCAGAUGAUGAUGACUGGUAUUGUCCUGAGUGCCGAACUGAUUCCAGUGAGGUGGUGCUAGCAGGAGAGAAGCUCAAGGACAGCAAGAAGAAGUCCAAGAUGGCGUCUGCCAGCUCAACCAGCCAGAGGGACUGGGGAAAGGGCAUGGCUUGUGUUGGGCGCAGCAAGCAGUGCACCAUCGUUCCCUCCAACCACUACGGCCCAGUCCCCGGGGUUCCUGUUGGAAGUAUUUGGAAGUUUAGGGUCCAGGUGAGUGAGUCUGGUUGCCACAGGCCGCAUGUUGCCGGGAUCCACGGGAGGAGCAACGACGGAGCUUAUUCUCUGGUGCUGGCAGGAGGCUACGAGGACGACCAGGACGAUGGCAACGAGUUCACCUACACCGGUUCUGGAGGACGAGACCUGUCCGGCAACAAGCGGACGGCGGAACAGUCAUGUGACCAGAAGCUCACCAAUAUGAACAGGGCCCUGGCUCUGAACUGCAACGCGGCGGUGAACGAGAAGGACGGUGCCGAGGCCAGAGACUGGAAGGCCGGCAAGCCGGUCAGGGUGGUGCGGAGCUCCAAGGGCCGUAAGCACAGCAAGUUCAGUCCCGAAGACGGAAACCGAUACGACGGCAUCUACAAGGUGGUGAAAUAUUGGCCGGAGAAGGGGAAGUCCGGCUUCCUUGUCUGGAGGUACCUGCUGAAACGUAACGAUGACGAACCGGCGCCGUGGACGCGGGACGGCAAGGAGCGCAUCAAGAAGCUGGGACUCACCAUGCAGUAUCCUGAGGGAUAUCUGGAGGCCCAGGCAGCCAAGGAGAAGGAGAAGGAGAACAAGGAGAAGGAGAACGAGGAGGUGACUGAAACACCCACCAAGGGGAAGCGGAAGAGAAAGUCAAAUGCUGAAGAGAACACUUCACCACUCAAGGGCACCCCCAAGAAGAUGAAGGUGGAGGCUUACAAACUGACCAGAGAACAGAAGGCUUGGAUCAAGGAAGAUGAGCCCAACAGGAAGUUAUGGGAUGAAGCAAUGGAGUCUCUGGCGCUGGGCCCGAAAUUUCUGAACAAAGUAGAGGAAGUCUUCCUGUGUAUAUGCUGCCAAGAGGUAGUCUUCCAGCCUAUCACCACGGAGUGCCAACACAACGUCUGCAGGGAAUGCCUUCAGCGGUCUUUCAAGGCAGAGGUGUACUCUUGCCCGGCAUGCAGGCACGAACUGGGCAAAAACAACCCGAUGACUGUCAACAAACCCCUCCAAGCCAUUCUCAACCAGUUCUUCCCAGGAUACAGUAGUGGACGAUGAUGCCUCCCUCUGCCUGCUUGGCCAGUGGGGUGUGGGGGCUAAAUGAACUAUCAGGGCAAUUAAGCAGUUCAGUACAGGCAAAAAAAUGGGGGAAAAAAAAAAAGAAUAACCUUUCUUAAUAUAUUUUGCAAA